AUGAUUCCACAUGAUGUGAUCCUAGGGACCCUUUACCUUUCUCAGACAGGACUUGGGGUGCUGGGGAAUUCCAUCCUCCUCCUUUUCAUCUUCACUAGCCGCAAGUUGAGGCCCACAGAACAAAUCAUGAGCCAGCUGACUUUAGCCAACUUCAUUUUCCUGCUCUCCUGGGGCAUCCCAAUGACAAUAUCUGCAUUUGGGGUGAAAGAUUUCAUGGAUGACACCUGGUGUAAAAUUGAUUUUUACCUUCAGAGAGUCAGCCGGUGUCUUUCUCUCUGUAGCACUUGCCUGCUGAGUGGCUUCCAGGCAAUUGUCAUCAGCCCCGUCAGCUCUCCAAGGGAAGGGGUCAAAGCCAGAGGCCCCAAGUAUGUCAUCUCUUCUUGUAUCUUCUGCUGGCUGUUUAGCCUGCUCCUAGAAGUUGGCACAGCCACUGGCAUUACAGGCCCACAGAGAUGCAACACUAAUUUCAUGCUAACAGUUGACCUCAUUUUCUGUACCUGGAAAGGCCCAAGUAGCAAUUACGGGCUGUCACCCAUCUCCCAAGAUGUAUUCUGUGUGGGACUGAUGAUAUGGAGAAGUGGCUACAAGGUGAUUCCCCUGAGGAAAAACCACCAGCAAGUCCAGCACCUGCACAGGAGCAGCUGCUGUCCCAGAGCCUCCCCAGAGAUCCGGGUCACUGGGUCCAUCCUGCUGGUGGUGAGCACUUUCGUCUCCUUUUACUUUGCCAACGGCAUUUCUGCCAUCUACCAAAACUACUUUCUUUGUCCCAGACUGUGGCUGGUGAAUGUGUCUGCGUUUCUGGUGCCAUGUUUCCCAACCAUCAGUUCCUUCCUCCUGAUCUCUAGGGAUAGUCAAGUGGCCAGGGCCUGUUGUGCUCCCAGAGGCAGGCACAUGCCCUGGCCUCCUGCUUAAUGUUGAGGGUUGAGGAGCCCACCCUUAAGCUUACAUUUAAGGAAGGACCCUUGCUUAACUAUGUCCAGGGAAGACAGUGUCUGAUGGAUCCCCUUCCUUAACCCUGACUCCAUACAGAAACACCAAAACAGGGAUCUGAGGCUGGUGAACACUGCCCAAAACCUUUUAUGAUCUUUAGGGGACAAAGGGCAACUGGGACUCCAAGGGGGCCCAUGACCCUUGUGGAUCCAAGUUCCAGGACUGAAUUUCAGAGGUCACCUCCCUCUGGCGUCCUCCCCACAACAACUUCUUUACCCUCAUGUUCAAUAGUGAAACAGACUGGCUGUCCGCACAUAGCAUCCCAACAUGGCAAAAGCCUCCAACUGGGUCCAGAAGCCUCGUGUCAUCUGGAACCCUCCAGCAAAAUGACAUUGUGGCCUCCCAUUACAGUUCCUACUGCCUACCUGCUUGACCUUGGG